AUGGCUGAUAUCUUUGUCUGGCUCAUCUCCUUCUUCAUCCUUAUUGCCUUAAUUGUACUCGUCAUUUACCAGUUAAUGUGCUUGGCGGACCUAGAAUUUGAUUAUAUAAAUCCAUAUGAUUCUUCAUCUCGAAUAAACCAAGUGGUAUUACCUGAAUAUAUUGUAGUAGGUGUUCUGUGCGGCUUCUACCUUGUCACAGGGCAUUGGAUAAUGUCAUUGUUCUGUGCUCCUUAUCUCUACUACAAUGUGAGAUUGUACAGACGAGGAAAUCAUCUGGUUGAUGUUACAGAGAUAUUCAACUUGCUCCCUAAGGAAAAGAAGCAACGGCUUUUCAAACUCUUCUAUCUUGUUUUCAUCCUUUUCCUAUCCUUAUUUUGGAUGAUCUACACAUCUUUGGAUGACCAUGAUGAUUGA